AAUUGCGUUGCCCCCUAAAACCCCUCAACCCUAAAAUUCAUUCAUUUCACAAUCUUCCCUCCACUUUUCCCUCUCUUUCUCUCUCUUCCCGCUUCUCCCUCUCUUUCUCAUUUCAAUGGGUAAAUACAUGAAGAAAUCCAAAAUCGCCGGUGACGUCGCCGCCGUAAUCAUGGAAUCACCAUCUCACGCCACCGCCGUCGGUGUCCGCACACGUGCCAAAACCCUCGCUCUCCAGAAAUCUCCGCCGAAUCACCCUGAUUCCUCUUCCUUCCUCCAGCUCCGCAGCCGCCGCCUCCGUAAGGUUCCUCCGCCGCUUCCACCUCGCAAGGACACCGCUCCCGCUGGAAAUUUGAGGCUUCGUGAAUGUUCGGUUGAGAAAUUGGGAAAUUUAUGUGCUGAAGAGGAAAAUGAAAAUGGUGAUGAUUUUGGUGUUGAAGGUUCUUUUGGUGAAAAUUUUGCAGAGAUUGAUGGUAGAGAUAGAAGCACUAGAGAAAGCACACCUUGUAGUUUAAUCAGGGAUUCAAGUGUCAUUCAUACCCCUGGUUCAACCACAAGACAAAGGACGAACCACAUAAUUCAAGAACACAUGCAAAGAAAUAUUCCAACAUCUUAUGAAAUGGAUGAGUUCUUUGCUUUGGCAGAGAAGCAGCAACAAGCAUUAUUUAUGGAAAAGUACAAUUUUGAUGUAGUGAAUGAUGUACCUCUCCCAGGACGGUACGAAUGGGUCCCUGUACUUCACUAGGACCAGCCAUUUGGAUUUCAAGCAGAGCUAUUAGACUUGUAAUUUAACAGAGCUAGCAGCUUUCACUAACCAUUUAGAUCAUUUGAGAUCUUCUUGUUCAGCAUAAGGGAAAGGGUUCUGUUUAGUUUAGCAGACAUUUCUAAUAUAUCACUCACUAGUUUAGACUUUAGAUUUAGUUGAAUGUAAGGGUAGGGAGGGUAUAUGGAUCUCAUCUUUUAUUUUAAUUUUAAUUUUCUAUGUUUUAACAGUUAUCCUUGUGUUGAUAAUUUGGUAGGGAAUAAUCGUUAAUCACUAGAGUAAUUAACAGUUAUCCUUUUAUGUAUUUUCAAGCUUGAAAUUUAUCUGUCAAGUUUUUAA